GCGCUCAGGGCGGGACUGCGAUGUCACGAGCCUCGGGUGACACCGAGCCAGAGGGAGGGUCGGGCACUCGGACGUCGGCGCCAUGGAGGGCGCGCAGGUGGGAGCCGGGUGCGAGAUGCAUCUGGUCCGCACAACCCCUGCCCCGCCGCCUGCCCAAGACAUGGCCAAUCCUGAGGUAGUGAUAAGUAGUGGCAGCUCUCAUGAAGAGGAAAAUCACUGCACUUUCAACCAGCACACCUCCCCAUCCGAGCAACUUCUGUUAGAAGACCAGAUGAGGCGGAAACUCAAAUUUUUUUUCAUGAAUCCUUGUGAGAAGUUCUGGGCGCGAGGUAGAAAACCAUGGAAACUUGCCAUUCAAAUCUUAAAAAUUGCCACUGUGACCAUACAGCUGGUCCUUUUUGGACUCAGUAACCAGAUGGUGGUAGCUUUCAAGGAGGAAAACACAGUAGCCUUCAAGCACCUCUUCUUGAAAGGAUACUUGGACCGAAUGGAUGACACAUAUGCAGUGUACACGCAAAGGGACGUAUAUGAUCAGAUCAUCUUUGCAGUAAAUCAGUACUUGCAGCUCCGAAACGUCUCUGUUGGAAAUCACGAUUAUGAGAAUAAGGGUACCAGGCAGUCAGCUAUGGGAAUCUGCCAGCACUUCUACAAGCAAGGAACCAUCUGUCCUGGAAAUGAUACCUUUGACAUUGAUCCAGAAAUUGAAACACAAUGUUUCUAUGUGGAGCCUGAUGAGCCUUUCCAUAUUGGAACCCUGGAAGAAAAUAAACUCAACUUAACAUUGGACUUUCACAGACUCCUGACAGUGGAGCUCCAGUUUAAGCUGAAGGCCAUUAAUCUUCAGACAGUCCGUCAUCAGGAGCUCCCUGACUGUUAUGACUUUACUCUGACUAUAACAUUUGACAACAAGGCUCAUAGUGGAAGAAUUAAAAUAAGCUUAGAUAAUGACAUUUCCAUCAGAGAAUGUAAAGACUGGCAUGUAUCUGGAUCAAUUCAGAAGAACACUCAUUACAUGAUGAUCUUUGACGCAUUUGUCAUUCUGACUUGCUUGUGUUCACUGCUCCUCUGUGUGAGAUCUGUGGUUAGAGGACUUCAGCUCCAGCAGGAAUUUUCCAAUUUUUUUCUCCUCCACUACAAGAAGAAAGUUUCUGUUUCUGAUCAAAUGGAAUUUGUCAAUGGAUGGUACAUUAUGAUUAUGAUUAGUGAUAUGCUGACAAUCAUUGGGUCAGUUCUGAAAAUGGAAAUCCAAGCUAAGAGCCUCACGAGUUAUGAUAUCUGUAGCAUAUUUCUUGGGACCUCUACCAUGCUGGUGUGGCUUGGCGUCAUCCGGUACCUUGGUUUCUUUGAGAAGUACAAUCUCCUAAUUUUGACUCUUCAGGCAGCACUGCCCAGUGUCAUCAGGUUCUGCUGCUGUGCAGCCAUGAUUUAUUUAGGCUACUGUUUCUGUGGAUGGAUUGUCCUGGGGCCUUACCACGACAAGUUCCGUUCUCUGAACAGAGUCUCUGAGUGCCUUUUCUCUCUGAUCAAUGGAGACGAUAUGUUUGCAACAUUUGCAAAAAUGCAGCAGAAGAGUUACUUGGUCUGGCUGUUUAGUAGAAUUUACCUCUACUCGUUCAUCAGCCUCUUCAUAUACAUGAUUUUAAGCCUUUUCAUUGCACUGAUCACUGACACCUAUGAGACAAUUAAGCACUAUCAACAAGAUGGCUUCCCAGAGACUGAGCUUCGAAAGUUUAUAUCAGAGUGCAAAGAUCUGCCCAAUUCUGGAAAAUACAGAUUAGAAGAUGACUCUCUGGGAUCUUUAUUCUGCUGUUGUAAAAAGUAGAUGUCAGGUUUAUCUAUGACUUAGAGAAAAAUGUAAUGUGUCACUAAGUUGGGA